UGAACCCGGUCCUCUACAAGAGCUGCCGGUGCUCUUAACGGCUGAGCCAACUCUGCAGCCCCAGGUCUACUGGCUGUUAAUUCAGCUGUGUAGACUAAGCACGCGGACUUCUCUGGGUGGGUUAUUGCACUGAGUCAGUCUUUUAGGACAAGACACCAGUAGGUGGCUUUCCCGACGCGGUUCGGCGACGUUGGAGACUGCAGUUGGGCUGCCGUCAAAAUGCCGCCAUCCCAGGCUCAGACCCAACUUGGGGGCUCAAGUCAACUUUUGGGUUCAGAAUCAACUUCGGGGGCGCUCAACCAGCGACAAAAAAACCUCCACCGCCACCUCCAGUGGCGCAGACGCUUCCCGUCCGUCGGCAGCCGCGUUUCACCUCUUCCGGGUCGGCACCCUUGUAGUUUCCGGUCUUGCGCUUUGGGGCUCGGAAUGCCUCCAGGCCCCGCCCAACCCGUUGCCGUGGCAGCCGUGAGGCGACUUGGGGUCCGUCGGCGGGCCGGGACUGCGUAGUGCCCGGCCGGCGCGACUACUGGAUGUGCUGAGGCGGCGGUGUGGCGAGAGACGCGACGGUCGGCGAGUCCUGACGGCGGGUUUGAGGGGCGGGCGGGACGGCCGUGGGGGCGACGGAAGUCACUUGGAAACCGAGCCUGACCGGAGUGGGGGUCCCCCGGCCUAGUGGACGGUGAUCUGUAGUCAGGGACUCCGUGGUGGUCAAACCUGCUGCGGGGCUCAGGCUCGCGACUUGAAUUCCGUCUACAGCGCUGUAUACGGGGCCUCUAGUUGGUCAUCGGAAUUCCGCUUUGGUUUUCGUAGAGCCUGUCUACACAGUGCGAUUGGAUUCGGGUUACCCUGCGUUCCGGGGAGGCUUGAGCCGCUCAAGCAGCCCCGUGCUCCCGCAAGGGCUCUGCUCCAACCACGUUUUGUUUUUAUAUGUGACAGUAAGGGUUUAUUGGGUCUAUACGUUAUUUAGCUUGACUAAAUAAAGGUAUAAACAUCUGUUUCCAUUUUCUUUAUUUCUAAGAAGAAGUAGAAGCCAGGCUUGAAAAUGGAAAUGUAUGAAACCCUUGGGAAAGUGGGAGAGGGAAGUUAUGGAACAGUCAUGAAAUGCAAACACAAGGAUACUGGGCGGAUAGUGGCCAUUAAGAUAUUGUAUGAGAAACCAGAGAAAUCUGUCAACAAAAUUGCAACGAGAGAAAUAAAGUUUCUAAAGCAAUUUCAUCAUGAAAACCUGGGCAAUCUGAUUGAAGUUUUUAGACAAAAAAAGAAAAUUCAUUUGGUAUUUGAAUUUAUUGACCAUACAGUAUUAGAUGAGUUACAACAUUACUGUCAUGGACUAGAGAGUAAACGACUUAUAAAAUACCUCUUCCAUAUCCUCUGUGCAAUUGAAUAUCUUCACAAUAAUAAUAUUAUUCAUUGAGAUAUAAAAUCUGAGAAUAUUUAAGUAUCCCAGUCAGGAAUUACUAAGCUCUGUGAUUUUGGUUUUGCAAGAACACUGGCAGCUCCUGGGGACAUUUACACAUACUAUGUGGCCACACGCUGGUAUAGAGCUCCAGAGCUGGUGUUAAAAGACACUUCCUAUGGAAAGUAUCCUGUAGAUAUCUAGGCUUUGGGCUGUAUGAUCAUUGAAAUGGCCACUGGAAACCCUUAUCUUCCCAGCAGUUCUGAUUUGGAUUUACUCCGUAAGAUUGUUUUAAAAGUAGGCAAUUUGACACCUCACUUGCAGAAUAUCUUUUCUAAGAGUCCCAUUUUUGCUGGCAUGGUUCUUCCUCAAGUUCAACACCCAAAAAAUGCAAGAAAAAAAUAUCCAAAGCUCAAUGGAUUGUUGGCAGAUAUAGUUCAUGCUUGUUUACAGAUCGAUCCAGCUGAGAGGAUAUCAUCUACUGAUCUUUUGCAUCAUGAUUAUUUUACCAGGGAUGGGUUCGUUGAAAAGUUCAUCCCAGAGCUCAGAGCUAAAUUGUUACAGGAGGCAAAGGUUAAUUCAUUCUCAAAGCCAAAGGAGAACCCUAAAGAAAAUGAACCAGUGACAGAGGAAAGAAAAUUAGUUUUUACCAACACACUGCUAAGUACUUCGGUUUAUGGAAAAGAAAUGGAGAAAGAGAAAAAGCCUAAGGAGGUCAAAGUCACAGUCGUUAAAGUCAGAGGCAGAAAAGGAGAUAUCUCAGACCCUAAAAAGACCGAGUGUGAAGGUGAACAUAGCCAGCCUGAGCACAAGCAGGCCUUGACUCAGGAUAGAAAAGCUCCAAGCACCGAGCUACCAAGCCUUGUCAAUCCCAGCACAAACUCUGAUGCUGUGAGAGAAGACCUGCGUGCUGGAGGCUGUAUGAUGAUGCCACCCAUCAGUCUGACAAGCAGCAAUUUGAUGGCUGCAAAUCUCAAUUCAAACCUCUCCCACCCCAGCUCACGGUUAACUGAAAGAGCUAAAAAGAGACACACUUCUUCACAAUCUAUUGGACAAACCUUGUCUAAUAGGCAAGAAGACACAAGUCCCAUUCAAAGCCAAAUGGAGAAAGGCGUAUUUAAUGAGCAGACAGGGCCAAGUGACCAAAUGGCAAGUGGGAACAAAAGGAAGCUGAAUUUUUCCAGAUGUGACAGGAAAGAGUUCCACUUCCCUGAGCUGCCUUUCACAGUGCAAGCAAAGGAGAUGAAAGGGAUGGAAGUUAAACAGAUAAAAGUACUGAAGAGAGAGUCAAACAAAGCAGAUUCAUCUAAAAUACCAGCUUUACUCAGUGUGGACCAAAAUCAAGAAAAACAAGAGAAUACAGGAAAUACACGCACUGGAAGGAGGAAAAACCUGUUAGAUGUAGAAUAG